UGCAUGUGAUCAGCACAGGGCCAAUCAGCACUAUCUAGACAGAGGUCAGGGGUCCAGCAUCCUCCUAGAGCAGAAAGAAAACUCCUCCGACAAGCUUUAACCAGUGCUCUGCUGGACACUGAUAGAAGUCACAAGACUGCUAUAUACUGCUAUAUAGAAUGCAGGGCCCGGGGAUACCAGGUAUAUGAAAUGCAGAGUCCGGGGAGACCAGAUAUAGUGAAUGCAGGGUCCGGGGAGACCAGAUAUAGUGAAUGCAGGGGUCCGGGGAGAGCGGAUAUAGUGAAUGCAGGGUCCUGGGAGACCGGAUAUAGUGAAUGCAGGGUGUGGGGAGACCAGAUAUAGUGAAUGCAGGGUCCGGGG